AUGUCAACCUCAUACGUCACAAUCGCGGAGUAUCUUUUCAAACGGUUGCACCAGUUGGGCGUUGACUCCAUCUGUGGCGUCCCUGGCGACUACAACCUGACUCUGCUGGAUUACAUUGAACCCGCUGGUAUCAAUUGGGUGGGCACGUGCAACGAGCUCAAUGCAGCCUACGCUGCCGACGGCUAUGCUCGCGUCAACGGUAUUGGCGCCGUGGUGACGACGUUCGGCGUGGGAGAAUUGUCCGCAGUCAACGCCAUCGCAGGAGCUCGAGCCGAAAAAGUCCCAGUCUGUCACAUCGUGGGCAAGCCUUCCAGAUCAGCAGAGCAUGACCGCGCAUUGAUUCACCACACCCUGAAUGACGGCGAGUAUAACACCUUUGCGCGAAUGCAGGCACACAUCACGGUCGCUCAGGCAUAUUUGGUCGACUCCAGGACUGCGUGCGAGGAAAUCGACAGGGUUCUUCGUCAGUGUCUUCUUCGAAGUCGACCCGUGUACAUCUCGAUUCCGGUCGAUAUGGUUCCUGUCAAAGUGUCGAUAGAAAGGCUCGAAUCUCGAAUUGUCUUGGACGAUGCAGCCUUGCCAAAGGACUCGAACAUUGUGUUGUCCAUGGUCCGCGAGCUCAUGUACAAAUGCACGCAACCGGCGAUCUUGGUUGAUGGUGAAAGCCGAGCCUUUGGCGCGCUGCAGGAAAUCGAAACUCUGGUCCGCGAGACAGGAUGGCCAACAUUCACCUCGGUGUUUGGCAAGAGCCUCGUCGACGAAAGCCUGCCCAACGUCCAGGGCGUGUGGAUGGGCAAUUUCGCGCCGCUGGCACAAGCGGAAUUCUUCAACUCGUGUGAUUUGAUUUUGUGCUUCGGACCACACUUCAGCAGGACCAACACAUUCAGGAACAAUGCAAUUCCGCCGCGGGAGAAAACAAUUGCAUUUACCGAGAUGGAUAUACACAUCAAGUCGCAGAUCUAUCGCGACCUACCCAUCAAAGCCGCUCUCACGGAAUUGUCCAAGACUCUGGACGUGUCAGCUUUGCAUAAAUACCCGGUGUAUCCCAACCUCGAUGCUCACGCUAGGUCUGAGCAUGUUGUAACAACGCCAUCCAGCUCUGCUCAGAUCAUGCACAGCCAGUUGUGGAGCCGAAUAUCCUCCAUCCUCCGACCCGGAGAUAUCAUUCUCGCAGAGACAGGCACCGCCGGCUAUGGCUCUCAUGCCUUGCGGCUCCCGACAUCGACGCAUCUUUUCAAGCCUGUGACAUGGCUGUCGAUUGGUUACAUGCUGCCCGCAGCGCUGGGUGCAGCCAUCGCACGGCGCGACAUGCUCAAGAAGAAAAGUCGAGUCAAUGAGCUCGAGAAUACAAGGUCGACGCCUUCCGGCCGCACGAUUUUGUUCAUCGGAGAUGGCAGCUUCCAAAUGACUGCGCAGGAACUGAGCACCAUCAUCCACCAGCGACUUGACGUGCUGGUCGUCCUCAUCAGCAACGACGGUUUCACGAUCGAACGCUGCAUUCACGGCCGCCAUCAGAAAUACAACGAUGUCGCGCCAUGGCGAUAUCUGGAUCUCCCCAAGGCUUUCGGUGCCGACAGUCUUGUUUCUGAGGGCUACGCCUCGCGGACGUGCCAGCUCAGGACGCAAGCUGACUUGGAUGCCUGGCUGCAGGACGAAGACAUGUUGCUGCUGAAAGGACGCGGGUUGAGGAUGGUCGAGAUCUUCAUGGGGAAGCUUGAUGCUCCAAAGCCCAUCCUUCAGAUGUUGGAGGAGCAGAUGCAUCGAGAAAGGAAGACUGCCGUAUGA